GUGAAGCAGAGCCCGGCAGAGAGGGAGCUGGCUCUUCUGGUGGCCUUGCAUAAGGCGCGUUGGAGCAGCAGCGGCCCUUGGACGCGGGACUCGCACCGCGCGCGCGUGAGCCUCCGCAGCGGGAGGGAACUUCCUCCGCCGGCGGCCCGCCGAGGGCGCAGCGUGGCCCCGCGAGCCGGAGAGAGACCGCGGAGAGGGAGGCAUAGCUGGAGCAGCUCGGGCUCCGGGGAGGGGGGCAGAGCCGCACAAAGGAGAGAUCCAGGAAGAGGACUCCUAGGAAACACGUCUGCAACACACAAACAGACACACACGCACACGCACACUCAGGAAGAAUCCUUGGACAUGCUCUGCAAGCAGUGGCUGUGGAGAAACUGAUUCCUGCCGGCAUUGUGGAGGAGGUGGACCGGUCCGAGAUGAUUCCUCAUGAAGUCUAUGUAGCUCAUUUUGUGAGCCGGAAUGACUCCAGCUUCUCCGGUCUGAGACCUGGAGCCGUCUACCAGUGAACACCAAGAGCCACACUGUGAGGCAGAACGUUGUACCUAACCAGUGGAGCGGAGGCGGUAAACAAAGAAACACCUAGAACAACUUAGUAUCACCAACUGGGAAUAGUAACACCGCACUAACACAAUGAAAUCCAACCAGGAGCGAAGCAAUGGAUGUCUGCCGCCUAAGAAGCGCGAGAUCCUGGCUCUGGAGCAGAGGCCAGUGGUCGUUGCCGCAGCAACGCCUCCAGCUGUGUUGGUUGCCGAUAGUCCGCACACGGAGAACCUAGCGUGGCUCGCAAGUGUAGCCAGUGAACGCUGCAAAUUCAGGGACGCGGAGAGCCCGAGGUGUCCCACCUCCUCCACCCCCAUCCCCUCUUCUACACCCUCCACUUCGGUGUCCUGCUCGGCCACUCCUCUGUCUGCGAUGCCCCUGGCCUCUCCGCCCGCAGUUUACCCCACGACCCUUCACCAGCAGGCCGGGACUAUACAGUUUGCUCAGCUGGGACCCAACGUUCAGUUCAUCAGCUCCGGGCCCUAUGCCGGCUACAUUUCCUCUCACAUCAUCGCCGCCAAUGCCGGCUCUGCGCCCCACAGCUCCACCUUAGCACAGCGUCCCCAGUUGGACGGCUACACCGCGGCCCUCAUCUCCCCCGGCGCCAAAGGGGAGCAGCAGUUUCAAAUAGGCCUCUCUCCUACAGAACUGACUCCUGUGUCGCUUGCUGGCUCUCCCCACGUCACGAGCCAGUACAUUCACCUGGACAACCGAACGCCUCUGGCUGUAAGCGGAAACGCCAUCACUUCCCCCACGGGCCACCUCCAGCUACACCCCCACGCAGCGGUCCUCCCUCAGACGCUCACCAUCGCCCCCUCCCAGCUUCUGGUGCAGUACGCGGAUGGUUCAAUUGGUAAAAAACCAGAGGGGCAUGCUAAGGCGGUGCUGAAUGGGGAAUCAGAGGUGGUCAAACAUACUAAAUCACUCAAUCAUCAACUGAGCCAUCAGCAGGUCCAGAGCUAUGAGGCCAGACAUAUCCUCUUGCCUGCAGACUACGGCCAAAACCCCUCAGGACUCCAGACCUCCUUGGUGCUGUUGGCCCACCCCAACCACGGAGCCGAACACGAAACUGCCUCAAAUAAGUUCUCCUUUGUCCAGACUGAGAAAGGAGGCAUCUGUUUGGGGAAACCGGUGUCGAGAUCGUCCUCCUUCACGUCACUCUCUUCCUCCGAUGUGGUUAAGUCUGUUGCUCCUCAUACGGUCAUCCAGACCUCUCUACCCCACGAGGAGCUGCCGAGCAGUCUCUACUCCUCCACACAGCCGCCCAUCAUUGGCUACAUCACCAGUACGAAUCAGCACGCCGUCAGUUACCACGCCGCCAUGCCUCAGCACCUGGUUAUCCCCAGCGGCCAGUCCCUCCUCAUCCCAGUCAGCGGCACCAACAACGGCAGAGAAUUUGAGGUCAGUCGUACCGCCAGCGCCCCGAACGCCACGACUACCCCUCAAAUAUCCACCGCCAUGCCGCACGCCUAUCUGGCGACCGCCCUGUCCAAGUGCGAGGCGCUCGAGCUGGAUGGAAAUCAACCGCCCCCGGCUGUGGCCCAGGCGCCGGUGGUGCCCGUCCAGCCCUCACACCCGGCCCCCGCGGUGGUGGCAGCUCCCUCCCCGACUCCCGCUCCCGUCCCCAGUCCCACCCCGGCUUCCGUCCAAGCCUCCCACUCUAUCUCCCCGCCCUCGUCCCCUGUUUCGCUUCCCCCGUUCUUCAUGCGAGGAUCCAUCAUCCAGCUGGCCGAUGGAGAGCUGAAGCGCGUGGAGGACUUGAAGACGGAGGACUUCAUUCAGAGUGCGGAGAUUAGUAGUGAGCUGAAGAUCGAUUCCAGCACUGUUGAGCGUAUUGAUAGUGGACAGACUCCCAAUGCUGUGGUGAUACAGUUUUCUGUGGGGGAGCUCAAAGCCCAGGUGUGUGUGGAGGUGCUGGGGGAGUAUCCCUUCUUCGUAUUUGGCCAGGGCUGGUCAUCCUGCUGCCCAGACAGGACCACCCAGCUGUUUGAGCUGUCCUGUGCCAAGUUGUGUGUCGGGGAUGUGUGCGUGUCGCUGACCCUCCGCGGCAUGAGGACCGCUUCAGUGACAGACAGCCGGUUCUUGGAGACCAAGCUGAAGACCGGUCACUUCUCUGACUCCUGUCACACUGUGGAUGCUACCGUCAAAAUCGCCGGCAGUCCAAAUGCUGCAGGCAGAAAGAGUGGGCUCCUCAUGAAGGCUUCCAGCGCAGACAGGCUGGAGAGGGAGCAGGUUGCUGGACCAGGACCCGGACUAGAGCCACCACCAGGAUUGGGAGUAGUUCUGGGCCCGGGAGAGAGGAUCUACGGAGCCGGACCAAUACUAGCAGUCUCUGGGACUGUAGAAGUGGGACAGGAAUCGGUGAAAACGGACAUGCCUGCUCUUACCAAAAUACAAUGCGGUGAUCCAGAGAGACACGCCGUCCGCAAGAGACGCUGGUCCGCUCCAGAGCGGGACCAGACUGAACGAGCGGAGGAGGAGCCUCCUCUGACUCUGCCCAAACCGUCCUUCAUCACUCAGGAGGUUAAAAUCAGCAUAGAGGGCCACUCCAGUGUAGGGAGUGAAACGUGCUUGAAUAAAAGAAUAGACUGUUGAGAGAACUUCACGGAAUUUUGAUUACCUGUGGUUUGCUUUGUGUUUAGUCCCUCUCUUUCCAGACUACUGUAAUAUAGGCUGAGUUUGGACAGUAUUUACAUGUUUACUUUCCUUUCACACAAGUCCGAUACCGACAAUGAAGUACGGUAGAGCACCUUCAAAAGUGGUAUCAAACACGAGGUCAGUGCAAUCAUUGCUUGAAGCAAAACUGAAUGCAGCGUAAAUGUUGAGCAUGAAUGGAAGUCAAGACACCGAAGGGACUUUUGCUUCGCGAGUCACACAUUGUGAGCUCAUUCUCAUUUGUCACGUGGCAGUCGACCAUUCCUCUCAUCCCGUAAACAAGCACAGACCCCGAAGUCAGCGUGCACAAAGUGGGUAUGCACAUUUUGAUCAUUAGUAUUUGGUUUGCAGUGAUGUUUAUGGGCCGCUAAAGUCAGCAACCCAUCCAGAGAGACCGUGUUUCAAUGACAAUGCUCAACCACCAUGCCUGUGAUCUUUGCUGCCUUGUGUUUCUCAUGAAGUUUUAUUUAAUUAUAGUCUUUUCAUUUCCAUGCUAUUGCAGAUGUGUGCGCUGCAGGUGUCUUGAGCCCGUUUUCUCUAUCUGUGUGUGUGUGUGUGUGUGUGUUUCAGAUGGAGCACAGAAUUGAGGUGUGUGUAAGUGGCUGUAGCUGUUAGCUUAGUUGUCAAUACAACCUGCGAAAAGGCCUGAAUGUAAGUCACUGAAUUAGUCCUCAAUCAAUCAUUUGAUAGCAUUGCUUUGCAAAGUGUGGGAGACCGCAGUUGCUCGUGGGUUCAUUUGUCUCUCACCCUCUCUGUACCUUCAUAGUUCAGAAGUCUACAAUUCCUUUCGAAGACAGCCUGUGUUACUUGUUAAUAUCUAUUUUAACCCUACUAUUUUGCAGCAUUUCAAAUCUGCACAAACAAACUAGACGCACUGCUGACAUAUUAUACUAUCUAGAUUUGAUAUGGCGAACUUACCAAACAAUUGAGCAGUUAAACCGCAGCCACACAGAUCAGCUUUCAUUUAAUGUCAUCUUUCAGUCCGUCUGAUGAAUGUUAGUCCAGUUCACGCUUCUUGCUGCUCUGCUUUGGUCUCAACCGGUUCCUCAGGGAAAUCUCUGACCCUUGAGUUGAUUAAUUGUCCAUCCUGGUCUACAGCUACAUUCUAGAUUUGGUUUGAAUUCAUUAAAGAGCCUUUCACUUUCUACCUCUUGCUCCUCUUGCACCUCAAAUCCACCCCGGUGAGCGAACAUUAAGGGAGGUGCAGGACAUUAAAUCAAAACAUUGAGCUGAGAGUAAGUAAAUAUGGGACGACAUUUACUUAUUGAGGGAAAAAAUGAUAUCUCCCCUUUCUGUCAUCUUACCCAAUUCAUAUACCUAGUUCACAGCAUCGCAUGUUGAUAAGAGUUUGCCCAUAUAAAUCUAUUUUCUGCAACGAUUGCAUGCCUUUCUUAAAUCCAUACCUGAAUAUCCUACAGUUCAUACUCAGGAACAGUGUGCAUCCGUAAGUGUGUGUGUGUGUGUGUGUGUGUGUGUGUACUUGUGUGUGUUGGUCUGGGACAGAUGGUGUUUGUCCAGAGUCAGUGUGUGUGUGUGUCCUGAGCAGCAGCACUUUGAUCAAGCAUCCAGCUCGAGUGAGGGUUUGUGCGCCUGUUCCUCGGCUUUUAGACGAAAAUAAUAAACUGACUGUUUUUCAUCCGUCCCACAGGUUUAUCAUUGAGAGAAAACAUUAUAUACCAGAGCAGGGAAUGUAAACACACAUCGGCCAAACUAUCUCAACUUUAUUUUUGAUGAAAGAGAGUUGUGGAGCCAGUGAGAAUUGAUCAUGUACAGUAAAUUGUAUUCUAGAGCGAGAGUGUGUGUGUGUGUUUGUGUACGUGCAUAGAUAUUCUAACCCUUAUGUUGCCUCUGUACUGUUUGUGCCACAGCGCCUCCUUCUUAGAUCAUUCCAUUAACUCAACAGUAUUAGGUGGUCCUGCUAUUGUUUCAAUCAGUUCAGGUAUUGAUCUAAUGUUUAUGAAUGUGCAGUUCUUUGGAAACAUUUACAAACAUUUGGCCUCCUCAGAAUAGAAUUUAACUUUCACACCGUAACAUGUAGUAUGCGAACUGCAAUUCAUAAUAAGAGCCAUUAGGUUUUAUUGUAAACCCAGUAACCAGACUGUUCCCUUCUGUUUGUGUUUGACUGCUCAGGCUUGACACUGCCCAGUGACUGUUCUUCACCAAAACGAUCUCUUAUAUUCUUCACUGUUACAAAUUAGAGGCUUUGUAGUAAUUUCUUUCCUCAAUAACCUGGCAUGCAUUUUUUAUUGGUUUUUUAAACCAUUUUUUUUUAAUUCAAAUUUAAAGACCUCAAACGACAUCCUAACAUAAAUCUUUGAAAUCUAGAAUUUAUGCGUAAAGGUAAUUGUUAGAAAUACACAUUGUAUUCUUGCUGAAUUUGAGGUUACUCUUCAGCAAGAAAGCAAAUAAACACAUUUCCCAAAAUGUUUCUUAAAAGCCCUACACACCCUGAAAAUUGUUUGCUCAUAAAUAUGCUGGAGCUGGGCCACUUACAGUUUGUAAAAGCCUUUCUAAAUAAUGUUGAAUAUGGUGUAUAAACACCACUUUGGGGGAUCUAUGGAAUUGCACUUUGUUAUGUGGGGUGGGGGUUAUUAUAACUAAUACACAGAAGUAAUGUACAGCAUGUCUGAGAGAAACUGUACUCCAUCAGUACAGCACCUCAGUGAUUUGUAAAUAGCCAAAGUCUUCCAUUAAAAUGGUGGUAUGACCUUGCAGACCGCCCAGAGGAUAAACAAUGAAUCCGAUGUACAGACCUUUUGAAGUGAAGUUUAAUUUAAUAAUUAUGUCAUUUAUUUGAAAGAAAUACUGAAUAUAGCGUCACCUAAUAUAAUUUCUUUCGCACCAGCUAAAAAAACAGGAAAUUAGGGGAGUAAAAGACUUUUAAAGAAAGUACUUUGUAAAUCUGUCUGUUUGUUCAAUAAAUCUCAGCCAAGAUGCAGUGUGUAAUACGUUCAGUAUGUCGUAUCAAUAAUGUUCCCUUAUUUUGAUGGUGUUGAGGUUUGCUAGUCAGAAACUGUUUAAUCUUUACAUCAAAUAUUUUACAUUUGAUCAAAUAUAUUCAAAGAAAUAAAAGUCUAAAGAAUAA